AUGGCGGCUCGGCUCGCCGUCGUGUUCCUCGCCGUGUCCUCUGCCUUCUUGUCCGUCUCUGGCCAGAAGUUCAACGCCAUCUUCAGCUUCGGCGACUCCAUGUCCGACACCGGCAACCUGUGCGUGAACGGUCCCCCCGCCGGCCUGACGCUCACCCAGCCGCCCUACGGCGAGACCUUCUUCGGCCGCGCCACCUGCCGCUGCUCCGACGGCCGCCUCGUCGUCGACUUCCUGGCCGAGAAGUUCGGGCUGCCGCUGCUGAAGCCGUCGAAGCAGGGCGGCGCCGACUUCAAGCAGGGCGCCAACAUGGCGAUCAUCGGCGCGACCACCAUGGACUCGGGCUUCUUCCAGUCGCUGGGCAUCGCCGACAAGAUCUGGAACAACGGGCCACUCAACACCCAGAUCCAGUGGUUCCAGCAGCUGAUGCCGUCCAUCUGCGGCUCCACGCAGGCCUGCAAGUCGUACCUGUCCAAGUCCCUGUUCGUGCUGGGCGAGUUCGGCGGCAACGACUACAACGCGCAGAUCUUCGGCGGCUACACCCCGGAGCAAGCCAGCGGGCAGAGCGCCACCAUCGUGGACGCCAUCGGCAAGGGCGUGGAGCAGCUCAUCAGCCUAGGCGCCAUGUACGUGGUCGUCCCCGGCGUUCUCCCCGUGGGUUGCUUCCCGAUCUACCUCACGCUGUACCAGACCUCCAACGCCGGCGACUACGACCAGUACGGCUGCCUGAAGCGCUUCAACGCGCUGUCGGCGCAGCACAACUCGCUGCUGCAGAGCAAGGUGUCGAGCCUGCAGAGCAAGUACCCCGGCGCGCGGAUCAUGUACGCCGACUUCUACAGCCACGUCUACGACAUGGUCAAGAGCCCGGGAAGCUACGGCUUCAGCACCAACCUCAGGGCCUGCUGCGGCGCCGGCGGCGGCAAGUACAACUACCAGAACAGCGCGCGCUGCGGCAUGUCCGGCGCCUACGCCUGCUCCAACCCGUCGUCGUCGCUCAGCUGGGACGGCAUCCACCUCACGGAGGCGGCGUACAAGAAGAUCGCCGACGGAUGGGUCAGCGGGGCCUACUGCCACCCGGCCAUCUCGGCAUAG